UGAAAGGUGCGACAGGGAGACGCUCACCGGACGACUUUUGGUUUUGGUGUGGGACUAAGCGGAGCAUGAAUCUGCCGUCAAGACAUCGAUCCGCAUCUGUAGACAAACCAAGCGAACGUUUGAGGGGGGGAGCAAACGGAGACAGAUUUUAAUGCAACAUCCUUCCUGGCGGAGGGCGAUGCACACGCCUCUAGUUCCGUGAACUGUCACAGUUUUGUAUGACCGCAAAAAACACAGCGCUGGAUCUAUUUCCCGCAGAGCCUUUCCUUUUGCGCUCGGGGCUGUGAGGGGUGAGAUCUCGACCGCGGCGCGCAACGACGAGCGACGACAGCGCGUGUUUGAGCGCAUUUUCUCAGUGACUCGGACUUGCCUCAGAGCGGAGUUUGACUCCUCAUCAUGGGGUACGGUGCGCAAACUGACAGAGAAGGAGGAAGAGUGCCGAGAUCCUCUCCGGAGAUGCUGACCGUGUCCUGGCUUUUGCUUUUUCUCCUGGUGGAUGUCGGCGUGGCGCAAGUUGACGAUGACUUUAUUGGCCUCGGCGAUCUGCCGGAAACCUUCCCCUCGGACCCCCCUGAGCCGCUGCCCGUCUUUUUGAUGGAACCAGAGGAGGCCUACAUAGUCAAGAACAAGCCGGUCAACCUGUACUGCAAGGCCACUCCGGCCACCCAGAUCUACUUCAAGUGCAACAGCGAGUGGGUUCACCAGAAGGAGCACACUGUGGAGGAGCGGGUUGACGAGAACUCCGGCCUGGUGGUGAGAGAGGCCAGCAUAGAGAUCACUCGGCAGCAGGUGGAGGAGCUGUUUGGGCCGGAGGACUUCUGGUGCCAAUGUGUGGCCUGGAGCUCCGCAGGGACCACCAAGAGCCGCAAAGCCCAUGUCCGCAUCGCCUACUUGAGGAAGACAUUUGACCAGGAGCCUCUUGGGAAGGAAGUGUCACUCGAACAGGAAGUGUUGCUGCAAUGUCGCCCGCCCGAAGGCAUCCCAGCUGCUGAGGUGGAGUGGUUAAAGAACGAGGAGGUUAUUGAUCCUGCAGAUGACAGGAACUUCUACAUCACCAUCGACCACAACCUGAUCAUCAAACAGGCCCGCCUCUCCGACACGGCCAACUACACCUGUGUGGCUAAGAACAUCGUGGCCAAGAGGCGCAGCACCACCGCCACAGUUAUCGUCUAUGUGAACGGUGGAUGGUCGACAUGGACAGAGUGGUCAGUGUGUAACAGCCGCUGUGGCCGUGGUUACCAGAAACGCACACGCAGCUGCACCAACCCUGCCCCGCUCAACGGCGGCGCCAUCUGCGAAGGGCAGGGCAUCCAGAAGCUGGCGUGUAAUCCCCUCUGCCCAGUGGAUGGCCUGUGGACAGAGUGGAGUAAGUGGUCCACCUGUGGGACAGAGUGCACCCACUGGAGGAGGAGAGAAUGCAGCGCUCCGGCACCCAAAAACGGGGGAAAGGACUGUGAGGGCAUGGUGCUCCAGUCCAAGAACUGCACCGAUGGGCUGUGCAUGCAGAGUUCCUUAUAUCAGAAGUCCUCCGAGGCAAAAGACAAGAGUGAUUUUGGAAAUUCAUUGGCCCCCAGCACAGAUGAUGUAGCUCUGUAUGUGGGUAUUGUCAUAGCGGUGAUCAUGUGCCUGGUCAUAUCCGUCGUCGUGGCGCUCUUCAUCUACAGGAAGAACCACCGCGACUUCGACUCCGACAUCAUCGAUACCUCCGCCCUUAACGGAGGCUUCCAGCCAGUCAGCAUCAAGACGGCCCGCAAAGCUGAUCUCCUAACAGCACCCCCUGACCUGACCUCAGCGGCCGCCAUGUACCGCGGCCCGGUCUAUGCCCUCCAUGACGUGGCUGACAAAAUCCCCAUGACCAACUCCCCUCUGCUGGACCCACUUCCCAACCUGAAGAUUAAGGUGUACAACUCCUCUGGCUUAGUGACUCCACAGGAUGACCUGGGAGGGGAAUUUUCCUCUAAACUGUCACCUAAGCUGCCGCACUGCCUCCUGGACAACAGCGACAGCACGAUGGGCCGGCGCACACAGACCCAGACGUUGCUCCGCACCAGGGAUCCAUCCUGCACCGCACUGGGCUCCUUCAGCUCCCAGGGGGGGCAUCUCAUCGUGCCCAACUCAGGGGUGAGUCUGCUCAUUCCAGCAGGGGCCAUUCCUCAGGGCAGAGUGUACGAGAUGUACGUGACGGUUCAGAGGAAGGACAACAUGAGGCCCUCGGUGGAAGACGGCCAAACAGUGCUGGGCCCCGUGGUGAGCUGCGGGCCCCCCGGGGCCUUGUUGACUCGGCCGGUCAUCAUCACCAUGCACCACUGUGCCGUGUGUGACGGCCAACAGGACUGGCUGAUCCAGCUCAAGAACCACUCGCAGCAGAACCAGUGGGAGGACGUGGUGGUGGUAGGAGAAGAAAAUUUCACCACGCCGUGCUAUAUCCAAAUGGAUGACGAGGCCUGCCACAUCCUGACAGAGACGCUGGGCACCUACUGCCUCGUGGGCCAAUCUCUCAGCGCCGCAACCACCAAGCGCCUCAAACUAGCCAUUUUCGGCCCUGUCACCUGCCCCGCCAUGGAGUAUCACAUCAGAGUCUACUGCCUGGACGACACGCAGGACGCGCUCAAGGAAGUCCUCCAGAUGGAGAAGCAAAUGGGUGGGAAGCUGCUGGACGAACCAAAGACUCUCAACUUUAAAGACAGCACCCACAACCUGAGACUUUCCAUCCACGACGUCCCCAACAUGUUGUGGAAAAGCAAACUUCUAGCCAAGUACCAGGAGCUGUCCUUCCAGCAGGUGUGGUGCGGUUCACAGCGGAACCUCCACUGCUGCUUUACUCUGGAGCGCUUCUCUGGCAGCACCGUGGACCUGGCCUGCAAGAUAUGCGUCCGCCAAGUGGAGGGAGAAGGGCAGAUUUUCCAGCUGGACACCACGCUGUCAGAGGAUUCCCAGAGUAUCGACACGUCUCUGCUGGACCCCGCCAGUAACAUCACCACGCUGGUGGGGCCCAAUGCCUUCCGCAUCCCCGUCUCCAUCCGACAGAAGUUGUGUGGCAGUCUGGAUGCGCCGCAGACCAGGGGAAAUGACUGGAGGAUGUUGGCCCACAAGCUUAACCUUGACAGGUAUCUUAACUACUUUGCCACCAAAUCCAGUCCCACGGGAGUGAUCCUGGACUUGUGGGAGGCCCAGCAUUUUCCUGAUGGCAACCUCAGUCGCCUGGCCCAGGUGCUGGAGGAGAUGGGACGCCAUGACAGCCUUGUUCCUGCAGCGACUGAGCACUGACAUCUGCCCACCGGGGAGUGCGACAAUCCGGGGAGGAAGAAGACGUGAAAAAAAAAAAAAAAAAAAAAAAACAGAUAAGAAAAUAAGAGAGGCGGACGCCCCAGAAGCGGGAGAGUCAUUCAGCGUCGCGGUGACAAAUGCACGCACACACUCACUGAUAACUGCGUGUGUGCGCGCACUCAGAAGCAAAGAUGAUAGAAACAGCGAGGUCUACUCAGCCAUGACCCAGUUAAACAUUGGCAGAGAUUCUUGUUUACCCUCCAAGUUGUUACACCCUUUGUUGCCAGUCAUUUCUCCCUGGCUGUUCCUCGCUCUCUCUCUCUCUCUCUCUCUCUCUGGUACAACGACUUGAUAUUUUUGGCUCUGGUUUCCUGGGAAACAGCUAUCCGGUUAUUUGGAUGGACUGCGCGGGUAUUGAGGACGGCCUCGCCACAGACGACGGUGCGAGCAGCGAGACACCAUCAGAGGUCAAAGGCUCAACAGAGCAAGGCUUGGAUCAGAGGAAGCAUCUCUCGCUCUCCAAAAUCAGUCUCCAUAGCAACUCCAUGGACGAGUAUGUGUUCUGUGAUAACAUAGUGUUUAAUAAUAUGCCUAUUUAUACAUAUCCUUUGUUUUUUUGGUUUUUUAGGUUGCCUGUUAUGGAAUACUUUGCAGUGUCCUCACAUUUUUGUUUCUUCUUUCGUUAUGUUUGACUGUAUCAGAGCGCCUCCUGGUGGACACUCACUAUAAUGAUCUGUCAGCCACAUUUUCAUGUACAGAAGGAAAUCAAUGAUGUAAUCAUUUGGCAGUUUUAGAUGUGCUGUCCUAACUACUACUACUUUUUAUUCAUGUUAUGUACAAUUAUUGUUUUUCAAUUAUGUGCGCUUGUUUUACAUGAUUUUUUUAAGUCUUAAAAAUAUUUUUGAUAAGUUGCAUUGGGUGUAAUUUUUUAACUCUUUAUUUUUACCAGAUCAUUUGGUUAAUUAAACCAGUCUGUUACCUCUAAAUAGAGGUUGAUCGAGACCAUUUUUCCCAAACUGAAUAAAGUUCAUGACUGAUGAUGAUUUGUAUGUUGUUCAAGAUAUCAGAGAGGAAAAGUAGAUAGAAAAGGGAAUGAAAUACGUAUAUUUUUAUAGGACCAAUGCAACCGAAUAAAACUGCUUUUUACCAAAUAAUUGACAUACAGUGUAUGAGGUUAAAUUUAAUACAGGAGGUGAUCAUCCAGAUAUCCGAUGCCAUUUCAAAAAAGUGUCAUUUCUUGUGUUCAGAGCUGAAUGACUCAUUCAUCUGUGAUUUUGGAGAAGGGAGAUUUUCACUCAGACUUCUGUGUUUGUACAUUAACGGCAGGCGCCAUCAAUGUUACGAUGACACUGACUCAGUGCAUUAAAACAAAAACAAAAAAUAGUGAUAGUUGUAAAUGCAACAUUCCUUUGAUGCAGCAGCACUUGUGACUGUUCAAGUGUUCUUGGUUGGUUCUUGAUUAUUUUUUUGUUUUUGUAUGGCAGUUGUCCCAGUUUUUCGUAAAGCCGUCUAUGCAAUCUUUGCAUCUUUCUGAAACAAUCUUUACAUUCUCAGUGGGCUAGCCUUUGCAUUCCCUCGUUGUUCUUCAGCUUCAUGAUUAUUAUUGUGUAUAGUGAGAAUGUAGCCUGUCUGUUUCUGGCACUCACGAUGUUCCUCGCAACUGCUUGCAUUUCAUCUGUCAAGUUAUUGUAC